AAACCCCCGCCCCCCAAGAGUUCUAACUUCCGUUUGUGUUGCAGUGCAAUUGUCGUAGUAGAAACAACAUCAGAAAGUUUGUGGUGAGUACACGAGACUUGCAAAUGAAUGCAGGGUUGUAUAAGACAUGGCUCCCCUGACAAUUUAAGAAGGUUAACAAUCAAGAUUUAAUUUAAGAAAACUCGUUGUGGCAGACCCGUUUCCCCUCUCCUCUCUAAAACUUUUGCUAGCUACCGCUUUAGCAUGCUGUCCUGUAACUGACAUACUACAUAUAGUUCAGUUUUGCCAAAAACUAAAUAAGACAGCUUGUAGCGUUGUGUGUUUCAGUUUUAAUUAACGCAAGGGAGACAGUUUGUUGAAGCGCCUGCUGUUUCCGUGUGGAGCUGAGUUCAAGGUCCAGGUUAGAGGAAAGAAAACACACGACCCCAUUUUAUAGCACAUCAGACUAGGGUCAAAAUGUCUGAGUGUGGUGGAGUCAACCACACUAAAACGUUAAACUUCAACAUUGGAGUGCUCGGACAUGUCGACAGCGGGAAGACGUCGCUGGCCAGGUCGUUGAGCAGCACCGCCUCCACGGCUGCCUUCGACAAGAACCCGCAGUCCCGUGAGAGAGGCAUCACGCUGGACCUGGGCUUCUCCUCCUUCACGGUGGAUUUACCCGAUCAGCUGCGAGACGAAGAGCAGCAGUAUGACAGCCUUCAGUUCACUCUGGUGGACUGUCCAGGACACGCCUCGCUGAUCCGAACCAUCAUUGGGGGUGCCCAGAUCAUUGACUUGAUGAUGCUGGUGGUGGAUGUGGUGAAGGGGAUACAGACUCAAACUGCAGAGUGUCUGCUGAUAGGACAGCUGACCUGCCCUCGCAUGGUGGUCGUCCUGAACAAGAUAGACCUCCUGCCACCCAACAAGAGACAGAGUGCCAUCGAGAAGAUGACCAAGAGAAUGCACAAAACACUGGAGACCACCAGAUUUAAGGAAUGUCCAGUGAUUGCUGUGGCAGCGAAACCUGGCGGCCCAGAGGCUCCGGACACAGAGGAACCACAGGGAGUGCCAGACUUAAUUGAGCUUUUGAAGAAACAGACAUACCUCCCUCAGAGAAACCCUGCAGGUGACCUCCUGAUGGCUGUAGACCAUUGCUUCUCCAUCCGUGGUCAGGGAACCGUCAUGACCGGCACCAUCCUGCAAGGGUCGCUGGCCAUUAAUGACACCGUGGAAAUCCCUACACUGAAGGUGACAAAGAAGAUAAAAUCGGUGCAGAUGUUUCGGAAGCCAGUAACAGGGGCCAUGCAGGGGGAUCGUGUGGGAGUGUGUGUGACACAGUUUGAUCCUAAACUAUUAGAGCGGGGUGUGGUGUGCACCCCAGGAUCCCUGCGCACCCUCUACGCAGCUGUCAUCUCUGUCAAGAAGAUAGGCUACUUCAAGGGCUCUCUUGCCACUCGUGCCAAGUUUCACAUCACUGUGGGUCAUGAAACAGUCAUGGCGAAGGUUACCUUCUUUGGUCUGCCUCCUGUGGGAUCCUCCGAGGCCGUCUGUGACUCUAGAACACCUCCAUCACUACCCUGUUCCUUGGAAAAACCCUUCACCUUCGACAGGGAGUACUUCUACCAGGAUGAAUAUGUCACAGGACAGGGAGAGGCGAGUUCAGGACCUGACCCAGAGCAGUGGGCCUUGCUAGAGUUUGAGCGGCCUGUCACAUGUCCCUCACUCUGCCUCGUGAUUGGCUCCAAGCUGGACAGUGACAUCCACGCCAAUGCAUGCCGGUUGGCCUUCCAAGGCCGUCUUUUACAGGGGUUUGAAGAUAAAAGCUAUGCCGAGACUGCACUGUCUAAUCUGCGCAUCUACAAGACCAAACAUAAGGAGGGACAAGUGGAGAGGGUGAGCGAUGAUUACACUGUGAUUGGUCGCAACCUGUUCAAGAAGGAGACCAACCUCCAGCUCUUCGUGGGGUUGAAGGUCACACUGUCGACGGGUGAGAGUGGCGUGAUCGAGGGUGGGUUUGGACAGAGCGGGAAGUUCAAAAUUCGCAUACCAGAGGGUCUUGGCCCAGAAACCAAGCAGUUGUUAUCUGCCACCACUAAGAAGAGAGGGAAGGGUGGAAACAAAGGUGGACCAGGAAAUGAAGAGGAGCCCAAAGCAGACUCUCAGCCUGUUGGCAUUCACUUGCAUUUUAAACGCUAUGUUUUUGAUCCACAUAAGAAGAUGGUCCAGUCCUGACCUCUGUUGCACACACUUACCGUGUGAUACUGUGUCACAGUGCUGGAGACAUGACGAGGUCAUGCAGAGGUGAGGGGAAUACCAGCCUCUGUAUCAGGGCAGGAGCGUGUGUAACUUUCUUCUGUUGGCUUAUUUUUUUUGGGUUUGGAGACAGUCUGAUGAAAUGUAAUGAUUGUGGAAUGUCGAACGCAUUUGAAACAGUGGUCGUCUUAUCUUGCUUUAUGGAGAUGGACUUAAUCCAGUUUGCUCCAUCACAAGGAUGGAGACUGCACAGUUUGUACCUGAUGCUUUUGAUUUGUCUUAUAAAAUCACUUCCUUUCCUCCUCUUUGUGGACAAAGUCUGCAUCAAUUCGUUUGAUCAGCACUAAAAUCUUUCAGUUUUCAGAUCAGCUGAGCCCGUUCUGGCAUGAACACACUGAAAUCCUGAAGUUGCAGAUUUUUUUCUUCACAUUUAUUUACUCACUGACUGUGCCUGUGUCUCCAGCUGAGCCAAAGGUCAUGUCAUGCUUUGGGUUUGUAUUCGUUGGCUCCUGCUGUGUGAUUUCAAGAUGUUUUCCCCCUUUUUUUUAACGGCAUUUUUGACCCGAAUAGCAAUGAUAUGAGAAGUUGCACAUACAUUGAAUUGGAUACUAAUCUUUGACAAAUAAAGGCAGACCUCUCUGUGCUAAUACUCCA